GGGCAGGAGGUGAGGUCCGUGCUUCAGGGACCCUCGUCAUCAUGGAGCCUGUGGGGCCCGCUCCCCAACUGGCAUCAGAGUUGUUCCCCGAGAGCCCGACCACCUGCCUGCUGGCCUUGUAAAGGGGCCCCUGGGGCCAGGCUGCAGACACCGUGGGGGGUCCUUGGUGAACUUUGGCAUGGUGGUUUAAGGAGCCUCUCCUAGACGUUCCAAGGUGCAGUUCCCCAUCGACGGGAAGGCUCGGACUCCAAGAUGAUCGUGAAGGAGUACCGGAUCCCUCUGCCGAUGACCGUGGAGGAGUACCGCAUUGCCCAGCUCUACAUGAUACAGAAGAAGAGCCGCAACGAGACGUUUGGCGAAGGCAGCGGCGUGGAGAUCCUGGAGAACCGGCCGUACACCGACGGCCCCGGCGGCUCCGGGCAGUACACGCACAAGGUGUACCACGUGGGCAUGCACAUCCCCAGCUGGUUCCGCUCCAUCCUGCCCAAGGCGGCCCUGCGCGUGGUGGAGGAGUCCUGGAACGCCUACCCCUAUACCCGGACCAGGUUCACGUGCCCUUUCGUGGAGAAAUUCUCCAUCGACAUCGAGACCUUUUAUAAAACUGAUGCUGGAGAAAACCCCGACGUGUUCAGCCUCUCUCCCGUGGAGAAGAGCCAGCUGACCAUCGACCUGAUCGACAUCGUCAAGGAUUCGGUGCCCCCCAAUGAGUACAGGCCGGAGGAGGACCCCAAGCUGUUCCACUCAGUGAAGACGCAGCGGGGGCCCCUGUCGGACAACUGGAUCGAGGAGUACAAGCAGCAGGUGUGCCCCCUCAUGUGUGCCUACAAGCUGUGCAAGGUGGAAUUCCGCUACUGGGGCAUGCAGUCCAAGAUCGAGCGCUUCAUCCACGACACGGGCCUGCGGAAGGUGAUGGUGCGGGCCCACCGGCAGGCCUGGUGCUGGCAGGACGAGUGGUACGGGCUGAGCAUGGAGAACAUCCGGGAGCUGGAGAAGGAGGCGCAGCUCAUGCUGUCCCGCAAGAUGGCCCAGUUCAACGAGGAGGACGAGGAGGCCGCCGGGCUGGCCACAGAGGAGGUGGCCAGGAGCCCGGCCUCUGGGGAGUCCCCCCCGCCCAGCAGCAGCAGCAGCGGGGAGCCCCUGGCUGGCCGGGGCCUGAAGAAACAGUGGUCCACGUCCUCCAAGUCCUCGCGGUCGUCCAAGAGGGGAGCCAGUCCUUCCCGCCACAGCAUCUCCGAGUGGAGGAUGCAGAGCAUCGCUAGGGACUCGGACGAGAGCUCGGACGACGAGUUCUUCGACGCUCACGAGGACCUGUCCGACUCAGAAGAAAUGUUCCCCAAGGACAUCACCAAGUGGAACUCCAAUGACCUCAUGGACAAAAUCGAAAGCCCUGAGCCAGAGGACACGCAGGAUGGCCUGUACCGCCAGAGGGCCUCCGAGUUCCGGGUGGCCUCCAGUGUGGAGCAGCUGAACAUCAUUGAGGACGAGGUCAGCCCGCCACUGGCCGUGCCGCCCUCCAAGAUCCACGUGCUGCUGCUGGUGCUACACGGGGGUACCAUCCUGGACACGGGCGCUGGGGACCCCAGCUCCAAGCAGGGUGACACCAACACCAUGGCCACCGUGUUCGACACGGUCAUGCGGGUGCACUACCCCAGCGCCCUGGGCCGCCUCGCCAUCCGCCUGGUGCCCUGCCCGCCCAUCUGCUCCGAUGCUUUCGCCCUCGUCUCCGACCUCAGCCCCUACAGUCACGACGAAGGCUGUCUGUCCAGCAGCCAGGACCACAUCCCCCUGGCCGCCCUGCCCCUGCUGGCCACCUCUUCGCCCCAGUACCAGGAGGCCGUGGCCACGGUGAUUCAGCGGGCCAACCUGGCCUACGGGGACUUCAUUAAGUCCCAGGAAGGCAUGACCUUCAAUGGGCAGGUCUGCUUGAUCGGCGACUGCGUCGGGGGCAUCCUGGCGUUUGACGCCCUGUGCUAUGGGAACCAGCCGGUGUCCGAGAGCCAGAGCAGCAGCCGCCGGGGCAGCGUAGCCAGCGUACAGGACACUGACCUGCUGUCCCCUGGGAUCCUGGUGAACGCGGCGCACUGCUCUGGCGGUGGCAGCGGCCUGGAGAGCAGCCGGCACCUGAGCCGCAGCAACAUCGACAUCCCUCGAAGCAAUGGCGCCGAGGACCCCAAAAGGCAGCUGCCCCGCAAGAGGAGCGACUCAUCCACCUACGAGCUGGACACCAUCCAGCAGCACCAGGCCUUCCUGUCCAGCCUCCACGCCAGGGUGCUGAGGACUGAGCCCGGCUCCCGCCGCUCGAGCAGCUCCACCAUGCUGGACGGUGCGGGGGCGCUGGGCAAGUUUGACUUUGAGAUUGCCGACCUCUUCCUCUUCGGGUGCCCACUGGGGCUGGUCCUGGCCUUGAGGAAGACUGUCAUCCCCGCCUUGGAUGUUUUCCAGCUGCGGCCCGCCUGCCAGCAGGUGUACAACCUCUUCCACCCCGCCGACCCGUCGGCCUCGCGCCUGGAGCCGCUGCUGGAGCGGCGCUUCCACGCCCUGGCACCCUUCAGCAUCCCCCGCUACCAGCGCUACCCGCUGGGCGACGGCUGCUCCGCGCUGCUCGUCGAGACCGUGCAGAGAAACCCCCAGCUGGUCCUGGAGGGCGGCCCCCCGGCCCCUCUCCCGCCCGGGGAUGGCUUCCUGGAAACCAGCAUCCCCGUUCCCGCGCUCUCCUGGCAAGACGGGCCCCGCCCGAGCCCGGGCUGUGCUGAGUCGGAUGCGCUCCAGGCUCACAACACUGUCUUCCAAGAGCACACCACCCCCUCCUCGCCUGGCACGGCGCCCACCACCCGCGGUUUCCGCCGAGCCAGUGAGAUCAGCAUCGCCAGCCAGGUGUCGGGCAUGGCCGAGAGCUACACAGCGUCCAGCAUCGCCCAGAAGACCCCAGGGCCACUCAGCCACACCCCCAGCGUCAGGCGCCUGUCCCAGCUGGCCCUGCCUCCCCCAUCCCCCACCACCCCAGGGGCCCGUUCACAGGCCAGGCGGUUGAGCCCUGGUUUGGAGAAGGCCCCCCACUUCCCUGACAUGGACAUCAGAGAAGUUGCUGCCAAGUGGUGGGGCCAGAAGCGCAUCGACUACGCCCUGUACUGCCCCGACGCCCUGACAGCCUUCCCCACCGUGGCCCUGCCCCACCUCUUCCAUGCCAGCUACUGGGAGUCGACGGACGUGGUCUCCUUCCUGCUGAGACAGGUCAUGCGGCACGACAACUCCAGCAUCUUGGAGCUGGACGGCAAGGAGGUCUCGGUGUUCACCCCCUCAAAGCCCAGGGAGAAGUGGCAGCGCAAGCGGACUCACGUGAAGCUGCGGAACGUGACCGCCAACCACCGGAUCAAUGACGCGGUUGCCAACGAGGACGGGCCGCAGGUCCUGACGGGCCGGUUCAUGUACGGGCCCCUGGACAUGGUCACCCUGACCGGGGAGAAGGUGGACGUGCACAUUAUGACGCAGCCGCCCUCGGGCGAGUGGCUGUACCUGGACACGCUGGUGACCAACAGCAGCGGCCGCGUGUCCUACACCAUCCCCGAGGCGCACCGCCUGGGCGUGGGCGUCUACCCUGUCAAGAUGGUGGUCAGGGGAGACCACACAUUCGCCGACAGCUACAUCACCGUGCUGCCCAAGGGCACGGAGUUUGUGGUCUUCAGCAUCGACGGCUCCUUUGCCGCCAGCGUGUCCAUCAUGGGCAGUGACCCCAAAGUGCGAGCUGGAGCCGUGGAUGUGGUGCGGCACUGGCAGGACCUGGGCUACCUCAUCAUCUAUGUGACUGGCCGGCCGGACAUGCAGAAGCAGCGUGUGGUGGCGUGGCUUGCCCAGCACAACUUCCCCCACGGCGUGGUGUCCUUCUGCGACGGGCUGGUGCACGACCCGCUGCGGCACAAAGCCAACUUCCUGAAGCUGCUCAUCUCGGAGCUGCACCUGCGCGUGCACGCGGCCUACGGCUCCACCAAGGACGUGGCGGUCUACAGCUCCAUCAGCCUGUCCCCCAUGCAGAUCUACAUCGUGGGCCGGCCCACCAAGAAGCUGCAGCAGCAGUGCCAGUUCAUCACCGAUGGCUACGCGGCCCAUCUGGCUCAGCUCAAGUACAAUCACCGGGCGCGGCCAGCUCGCAACGCAGCCACCCGCAUGGCACUGCGCAAGGGCAGCUUCGGCCUGCCCGGUCAGGGCGACUUUCUGCGCUCCCGGAACCACCUGCUCCGCACCAUCUCAGCCCAGCCUAGCGGGCCCGGCCACCGGCACGAGCGGACGCAGGGCCAGGCGGACGGCGAGCAGCGGGGCCAGCGCAGCAUGAGCGUGGCGGCCGGCUGCUGGGGCCGCACCAUGGCCGGCCGGCUGGACCCAGGGACAGCCGCGGGCCCCAAGUAGGGCACUGGUGGGGAGGCGCUGUGGUCUCCAUGGUGCUAGGCCAGGGCGGCCAGCCCCGCCAGGAGGCCUGGCCUGGGCACAUGCAGUCGGAUGGGGACACGUUUGUCCCAGGGCCUGGCGGAGGACACUCCGUGUCACACGCAGCCCUUCAGCCGUGCCUCAUGUCCUGGGUCUGAGGGGUUCCAGCUGGUGGAAGCUGGCAGGACAACCAGCCUCAGGAGGACGGAGGGGCCAUGUCCCCUACAUGGGCGGGCACAGAAGAUGCUCCUGGACAUUUGCCCUGCCUUGACCUCUGGCAUCCCGACGCCAGGCCGGGGCCCAGCCUGCCACCUCCCGAUUCACUAGCUCUCGGCGACCCCCAGGCCCAGUCCUCCUUGGUAGCACCUCCAAUGGGGUCCAGCCUGCUUCUUGUUAAUUUAAGUUACUCAACUGUUUAACCUCACUGGUUUUGCACUGAUUUCUGAGAGCGGAGACCCAUGAUCAUCUCCUAUGGCUACGGACUUGUUGACACGCGUGACAAUUCAGUUGGCUGAUCCAGGACCUGUGGCCGCUCGGAAGGCUCCAGGGCAGCUCGCCUUGUCAGAGAGGAGAGAAGGCCAUAUCUUCAUUUCUGCAGCACUGGACCCCCGCCCACCUGUCCACCUGCCCCACCUGGAGCCCAGCCCAGCUGCAGGCCUGGGUCAUCCAUGUCCCCGGGCGCAGCCCGGGCGACAGGGCCUGCGAGGCCAGAGCCGGCUCCUGAGCAGCCCCGCCUCAGGCUGUGGGGCCUGGCCCGGCCUGGCUCCUCUUCUGCUCCUCGCCUGCCGUCACUCAAGGCCCCAGCCUCGGCCCUCCUGCGGCCCUUCUGCGUUUCUACACCUUUCUACUCCGACCUGAUUUCUAUGAGGUUUUUUUAAUGAGCAAUCCUUGGCUGCUUCCGUUUCUUAACUCUUUCAGUACCAAGCGCAGCCCCUCCACAUGAAAACACCCAGCACUGUGAUGGAGUCCAGCCUGGUUCUGGGUCCCGGGGCCCUGCCCUCUGCCCACGUGGCAGGGCUCCCUGCCUCACCUGACCCCGUGAAUUCCACUGAAUUUCUACUCUGGGACGGGUGGGGCACACACUUAGAUUUUUUUAACGCCAAUUCCUUUUCGAUGCCGAAUCUAAGAGUCACAACUAGCUUUGUUAGCUUAAGGGCAGGCAGCCACGAUGCCACCUCCCACCUGGUAAGGACCGUGCCAUCCUGCAUGCCAGGUCCGAGCCUUGACCCUCCUUCCCCAGCAUUACCCAGAGCUCAGCCGUGGCUCUCGGCUCAGGGCAGCCCCUCUGCUGCUCCAUCUGCUCCAAGAUUGGGG